AGUAAUUGUAGUGCAAUCACUAGUUGCUUUUUGUUUAUGAGAAAAACCCUACUUAGCUAGUUGGGUGGUGUCAUCUUCACAUCCACAAGAUUAUGUUUACUUCCACCAACACUAGUGUUACUCCUUUUUCACACCUCCCCUCUUCCACCUCCUCCUAUAACCACUCUCAUCCACCGCCGCUGCCACCUCCACAGCGGCCUCAUUUCUUUGUCCAAGAAGCUAGGCAUGAUGAUGGAAUUUUGUAUCCCCAUUACCACAACCACCAAGAUCCAAGCUUUUCCAAUACCCAGAUGCCAAUUUCCACUGAAAACAAAGAUUACAAUCGGCACAGAAAGAUUUGCACAUCUCAAGGUGUAAGGGAUCGGAGAGUGAGACUAUCGAUCGACAUUGCGCGGAAGUUCUUUGAUCUACAAGACAUGUUAGGGUUUGACAAGGCAAGCAAAACCCUAGAGUGGCUGCUGGUCAAGUCAAGAAACUCAAUCAAAAAUUUAUCAGAGCCAAACCACAAUAUUAACAUUUUGAGCACCACUUCUGUGGCAUCUGAAAAUGGUGACUUGGAGGGAAUUUUAAACCUUCCCAAGAAUAUAUCAUCAUCACUAGUUGGUGUUUCUAGUACUCCUGAUCAUCAGUCAAAGAUGAAGAAAAUUAUGGUCAAUCUUGCUGCACAAAAGUUAAUUCGGUCAACGGCGAGAGCAAGAGCAAGAGCGGGGAUCAUGACAAGUUCUUUGAAGUUUGAUCUUGAUCCAAUUCAAAUUGAAGAUGUUGAUAGUCAAAUUCCAAGACAAGAAUCAAUCCUCAUCAACACCAGUUUCCCCAAUUUGCCUCAAAAUUGGGAGAUGAGCAAUGCAAUCACAUCACGGGAUCUAACCCUUCCACAAUCACAGCAAAUGCGAGCCCAUCUAGAGUCGUCUAUGGCAAAUCAACCAUGGGAAUCCACAACAAUGAAUGUCAAUAAUAUUUACUACAAUGCUUGAGGACUAAAUAUAUUCAAUAAAACCCAUGAUCUCUUUGAUUACCAAAAGGGUUAAGAGAUCACCAAAAGGGUUCUAUAUAUGAAUUUGAAUCCUUGAUUGAUUAUGUAUUUUAAAGACUUUUUUAUAUCUUGACUGCCAUGUAUAGUAUGAACUAUUGAUGGCUAGCUACUUAUACAGUUAUACGUAUUUCUCUUGUACUUCCUACUAUUAAUAUAUAGUUGCAUGUCAAGAAAUUACUAUUUCAUAUGAGAUAAGGUGGUGUGGCAAUAAAUCCGAAAUUGAAUGUUCUAAUUAA